AUGGUAAUUGGCUCGGCGAGCUUCCUGCACUUGGGGGACAUUGUGUCCCUCUAUGCGGAGGGCAGCGUUUGCGGUUUCUUGAGCACACUCGGCCUGGUCGAUGAUCGCACAGUGGUGUGUCCCGAGCCCGGAGACCUCAGCUGUCCGCCUAAGAAGUUCAGGGACUGCCUCAUCAAAAUAUGCCCCAUGAAUCGCUAUUCAACAACGCGCAGAAACAAUUUUGGAAAGCAGCUAAGCAAUCGGCCAGCUCCAAUACGGAUCCCAAUCUUCUCAAGCGUUUGCAUCAUGCGGCGGAGAUCGAGAAGAAACAAAACGAGACGGAGAACAAGAAGCUGCUGGGCACCUCAAUCCAAUAUGGACGGGCUGUGGUGCAGCUACUGCAUCUGAA